AUGCAACAGUUCAAAGCCUUCACCAACAGCGUUUCCUCGACCGUCACGCCCUUUGCGACGCGCAGUCAGCAAUGGAUCAAGGAGCAAACGGGCAACGCGACGGAGAAGACGGAGCUUCCGCACGACUACAUUGAGCUCGAACACCGCAUCGAUGCGCYCAAGGUUACGCAUCAGAAACUCCUCGCCGCCACUUCGCAAUACACGAAUGAAGCCUACGAUUACCCACCCAACGUCAAGGAAUCCUUUCAAGAUUUGGGCAAAUCCAUCACCGACAAGGUCAAUUUAUUGAGCAAAGCUGGCACCGCUGCUGAGGCUCAGGCAGCCUUGACUGCUCCUCCGACCGCGAAGCCGCAGCCCAAGACGUUCAGUCAUGCUAUUGCGAGGGCUUGUUUGAGUKGAAGUCAGACGAUCGCGACUGCCACACCACAAGGUUCCACCGAACCCGACCCACUCGCACAAGGACUUGAGAAGCUUGCCAUUUCCUCGGAGAAAGUGGGUGAAGCUCGUCUGGAUCAAGACGAGAAGAUUCAAGGCAAAUUCCUCGCGGGGUGGUCCACAACUCUCAACCAAAGCAUCAAAUCGGCCGAUAAAGCUCGCACAGCUGUCCAGAAUGCACGUCUGCAAUUGGAUGCGGUCAAGUCACGCGGUGGGAACUCGGAGGAACAUAACAAGGCGUUGGAGCAUGCUGAGGAUGUGUUUGUGGAAAAGGUGGACGAGGCGACGAGUGUCAUGCGCAAUGUCCUCGACACCCCGGAGCCGUUGAGGAAUUUGGUCGAGUUGGCCAAGGCGCAGGCCGAGUAUCAUCAGCGUGCGGCGGAUAUUUUGGAGGAGGUCGCCAAGAGUGUAGGAGAGUUGCAGAUGGAGCAGGAGACGGAGUGGAGGAAGGCGAGGGAUGCGUAG